AUGUGUCGCGGGCUGCAGUGGAGUGUCGGCGGCGUGAGGAUGCUGGCGGCAGUAGUGUUGGUGUGUGGCGCGCUGGCCGUCGCCGCGAACCAUCACCACCAUGUUCAUCAUGACCUUGAUCGUUCGACAGCAGCGUCUACACCAGCGGCUCCAGUAGUCCGCAGUGUGUCCGGUCAGUUCCGCGGCUCGUGGAUGUCGUCACGACGCGGGAGACAGUUCGAGGCGUACCGAGGCAUCCGAUACGCUGAGCCACCCGUUGGGGAACUGCGCUUCCAGCCCCCGCAGUUGAUCGAGAACUACACGAGUGAGGUGGACGGCUCGCAGGACGGGCCCGCCUGCCCGCAGCCCACCUUUAACAAUUACCCAGUACACGAGGACUGUCUCCGCCUCAACGUGUACACUCCUGACCACCAAUCCAAGAAGCCCCUGCCAGUGGUGGUGUUCAUGCACGCGGGCGGGUUCUACUCGGUGUCGGGGCGCAGUGACGUGGCCGGGCCGCAGCACCUGCUGGACCGAGACCUCGUGCUCGUCACCAUCAACUACAGGCUCGGAUCACUCGGUUUCUUAAGCACAGGAGACAAGUACGCUCCCGGUAACAAUGGUUUUAAGGACCAGGUGGCAGCUCUCCGCUGGGUGCAGAGGAACAUCGCCGCCUUCGGAGGAGACCCCAACCUGGUCACUAUCUCAGGGUACAGCGCUGGAUCCUUCAGUGUCAUGUUGCAUAUGAUCUCCCCCAUGUCCAAAGGUUUGUUCCACCGCGCCAUUUCAAUGAGUGGCUCCCCAAUAUCUCAAAUAGUGAUCCCUCGCCACCAACGCCACCUAGCGGAGAGACAAGCAAAGCUGCUGCAAUGCCCUACUGACUCUUCAAAGGCUAUCAUCGACUGCCUCAAGACUAAAACAUCCAAGGAACUGGGCGAUUCUUUGGAUAAGAUGUUUGACUUCGGCUACGAUCCAGUACUGCUGUGGGUGCCGAUACAUGAGCAGGACUUCGGGCAGGAGAUGUUCCUGCCGCAGCAGCCGCUGGCGGCCGUGUGUGCGGGGCAGCUGCAGCGCCUGCCGUACAUCGUCAGCCAGACACAAGACGAGUUCUUCUGGAAGGCACUCGAUGUCCUUCGGAACCCGAAAGCGUUCGAUAACUGGCGCGCGGACUGGCCUGGAUUAGCCAAGAUAGCGCUGUACCUGUCCGGCGCUGGAGACAACUCCAGCAUCACCGCCGCCGCCAACCGACUGAAGCAUGCGUACCUCGGAGGGAAAGACAUAAACAAUGACACCGCCACUGCUGAUGGCUUCGGGAAACUUUACUCUGACGCUAUCAUUGGGUUCGGAGCUCACAGGCUGGUGAACCUGGCAGCGCGGCAGUCCCCGCGGCCGGUGUACUACUACGAGUUCGGGUACAUCGGGAACAGCAGCCACUACGUCGACCCCGACACCAAGCGACCGAUCGCCGCGGCCCACCACGACGACCUGCUGUACCUGUUCAACGUGAGCUACAGCUUCCCAUCCAUCCCGCCGUCCGACAGCAAGGACUCCAAGAUGGUGGACAAGAUGACUGCAAUAUUCUACAAUUUCGCUAGACAUGGGGACCCGAACGACAGGGGCGACACUCCGGAGCUAGCAGACAUGUCAUGGCCGCAGUUCAAACCAGAUGCGAGGAAAUACCUCCGUGUCGACAGUCCCUUCUCAGUACAAAGCAACCUCUUCGAAGAGAGGUUCAAGGUCUGGGAGGAACUGUUCCCUCUUGAUUAUCAGACUUGUAAAUAG